AUGAGGAACAAUACCAACUCAACUUUGUCAAAAUCAACUUUGAAUUAUUAUCAAGCAUCUCACAAAGCAUUCCAAAGAUUUGUAAUAAGAAAAUUAAUAAACUUAGAAUUAAAAAUAAAUUCUAUUGAAAGGAAUCAAAAACUUCUUUUAGAGAAGUUUCCAAUUGCUAAUUUCAUGGAAGAAGAGACUGUGGAUAUUUUUCAAGAUUUACCGUUUAAAAAUCGAGAUGAUCUUCAGGCAGUGGAGAUAAAAUUAAAUAAUGACUCACUUUAUCGAAAUCAGAUGAUCAAACAAUUGACUCAUGUGACAAGUCAAGAUGUAAAAACUUCUUCUUUACGGAUAAUGAAGAAAUUGUUUUCUAAUGAAUUAGCAGUGCAAUACAGUUGGUAUGGAGCAAAAAAAAAGAAUUUUUCGCAGUUAAAUAUCUGCAAAAUAAUCAUGUGUGUAAUAAGAAAAGUACACAAGAAUGCUACAGACGAACAAAUUUCUAAUCCCAUAAAAAUAUGGCUAGCACACGCGAAAGAACGCCUACAAAAGCAAACACCGAUAAAUAUUUAA